AUGUCUGCCGCAAUCAACACCAACCUCCCUAACCAGAACGAGACCAAGUCCUCGAAGAAGAAGCGUGCCAAGAACGACGUUUCUGCCAAUGUGUCUGUUUCCGAACCCACGCCUUCGAACCCUGACAUUGACGCCAAAGCGGAGUCCAUUGUCAAUGGCGUCAAUGGCCUCGAGGAUGAGACUGGCAUAAUCAAGGAGCUUCAACGCAACUUGCGCAAUGCCUCGAAGAAACUCAACGCCACAGCAAAAGUCGACAGCAUCCUCGCAGAAAAUCCUGGCAAAUCCCUCGACCAGCUCAUCGCCGAAAAGAAGAUCAACGCCGACCAGAAAGCACAAGCCCUCAAGAAACCUGCUCUCCAAGCGCAAAUCGCACAGAUCGAGGAACAAAUCACCCAGUACAAGCAGUUUGCCGCGCAUUACGAGGAGCGCCUAAUCAGCCAGAAGACUUCCUUGGAUACUGCACAUAGACAGGAACUCGACACUGCUCGUGAGAAGGCUGUCGCAGAGGUCAAGGAGUCUCAAGAGUCGACCGUUCGUGCGCAGUUGUUGACUUUGAGUCAAUUCUUGCGCUCUGCUGCUUCUUUUAGACGUGCAGGUGAUGCCGAGUCGCCUGAAAGUCAGGCUUUCGAAGGCGUGUUGUUACAGGUCUAUGGCGGCAACCAGGAUGCCGUUGAAUCCAUGCUCAAGUUGAUCAAUGGCGCUGAUGACAAGGUUACUGGUGUUGAUGGCCAGGUUUUGGACGUGUCAUACGCUAAAGUGAAAGCGCUUUCCCAGGAGCAGGCAGCUCCAGCCCCCGAGGCCACCGUUGAAGAGACGCCCGCUGCCGAUUCCGCCGUGACCGAUCCAACAAUCGCCAAUGCCGGUCUUACUGAGCUCCAAGAUACAGCCGUGUCUGCCGCCGUGGAAGUUGACCAGGUAGCCCGAGCUACUGAACCCGUUGUCGCUCCGACUCAGACUUCGGCAGGUGAUGGGGCCAAUUUGUUGGCUGAGUCCAGCUGGGAACCCCAGGCAUCUGGUACUUUGACCUCUGACGAAUGGGUUGAGGUCGCACAUCCUACUGAGGGUGAGAUCGAGCCAUCGACUGCUGCCGCAGCUCAAGGCUCUACUAGCUGGGCAGAGGACGUUCCUACUGGUGCCACCCCAGCUGAAGGCGACGGAUUUGAGCAGGUGGUCCAUCACCAGCGACAGGGUAGCGUGCGUGGACGUGGAGGUCGCGGUCGUGGCCGUGGCGAUGGAUCCCGAGGCCGGGGUGGACGAGGCGAGUUCCGUGGACGAGGCCGUGGUGGCCGCGGUGGUGAACGUGGUGAAUUCAAGGGUGGACGCGGUCGUGGUGGACCUGCUGGCCAGCAGGGCAGUCGCCGAGAAGCUGUUGCAACCAACUAA